UUGCGUCACACGUGACGUAGGAGCGCCGUGCACGUCGGCUGAGAGAAGCAGUCAUGACCUUUGUGAGGAGCCCGCUCGUGCGGUCCUGCGCUCGGCUGCGGUUGCUGCGGGCUCUCGGAACGCGCUCAGUGCCGACGCCGUGUUGCGCGCGCGGGUCGCACGCCCGCGCGCGCCCUUCCGAGGCCGCUGAAGUGGAGCUCAGCCGACUGGAGGGAGGGGACGCCGGGAUUGCGGAGGUGUUGAUGAGUCGCCAGAGAGCGAGGAACUCCUUGGGAAAAGCGUUUGUGUCUCAGAUGCGGGAAGCGGUGGCCACGCUGCGUCACGACUCCGCGGUGCGGGUGGUCGUGGUCCGAAGCACGGUGCCUGGAGUCUUCUGCGCCGGAGCUGAUCUGAAGGAGCGUGCUCAGAUGACCAAUGCAGAGGCUGAACACUUUGUAUGUGGGUUGCGCUCGCUCAUGAAUGAAAUUGCCUUUUUGCCCAUGCCCACCAUUGCUGCACUGGAUGGCUUUGCGCUUGGAGGGGGCCUCGAGCUAGCCUUGGCCUGUGACCUUCGUACUGCUGCAUCCACAGCCCAGAUGGGUCUGAUUGAGACCACAAGAGGACUGCUCCCAGGAGCAGGGGGCAGCCAACGCCUCCCUCGUCAGGUGGGCUUUGCAGUGGCCAAGGAGCUCAUCUUCACUGGGCAGCGUGUGGGGGGCGAGCGGGCGCUACAGCUAGGCCUGGUCAACCGGAUGGUGGAGCAGAAUGAGGCUGGAGAUGCUGCCUACCGAGAAGCACUCCAGCUGGCCAGAGAGAUCCUGCCUCAGGCACCUAUUGCAGUCCGGAUGGCAAAAGAAGCAAUGAACAGAGGCAUUGAGGUGGAUAUCAGUACUGGAAUGGCCAUUGAGGGGAUGUGUUAUGCCAGGGUCAUUCCCACACGAGACAGGCAGGAGGGAAUGGCGGCUUUCAUUGAGAAGAGACCGGCACGCUACACAGGGGAAUGAAGGCGUUUGCAAGCCUGCUUUUUUUUCCCAGCUGCCGUGAGUUCAGGUCUGGCAGUCAAACCUUGUGCUGCACUGGGUGAAGAGAGAUAUACGGCUUAUUUCUGCUGGUUUGUGUCCUGUGGGGGCAGUUUUUGAUGACUUUCUGUUGUUGUGCGCAUAGCGGAAUACAUUACCGUAGUGUGCCAGAGGCUUAUGGUAAUUUAUUCUGCAUAUGACUUUCCACACGAGUAGAGCAUCUGCAGCAUAUUAAUGUGAUUUAGCGAGAUUUAGGGCAUCAGUGGAUUUAUUACGAGAAGUUUUACGGCUUGGUGUUAUGAUAACAGGUAUGUGGUUGAAGUGUUAAGGCUUGUACAAUUUUGUGCUCUUCUAGUUCCCAGUAUAAAUACUCACUUUGUUCCACUGUUUCUCAUCAGAAGGUCAAAUUUUGAAUUUCUGCACAAUUAGUUUUGUACCAUAAUAAAUAACUGAGGAUACAUCUGUAAUGUAAAUAACUGAGGUUUGUUAUUGUGGCUUUAGAGAAUCGGCAGUUGGUACACAAACGCUUUCAUGAAAGGACACCUUACAAGUGCAAUUAAAUGGGGUAUGCAUUCUUUAUUUCCUAAACACCUCUAACAAAUCAUUUCUCAGCAGCAAAAUGUAAUAUUCACAGGAGUUUCAUCUGGACAACACCCAUAUUGAGGCUAAGCGUACAAAAUAAAUAUGGAUAAAUAGUUCACCAUUAAGGGAAAUGCAUACUGAAUGCAUGACACAAGUGUUUAAAACCCUUUAGAAAGACAGGGCAAAACAUGCGAAAGGUUUGCUGAAUAAACAUUUUUUUGCAUUUGAUAGACAUAGCUCUUUAUUGUAUGUUUU